CCUGGGCUCCUUACACACGCUACCCUACAAAAUUUUUUUAGGGAAGCGAGUGUAAGAGCCCUGGUAGAAAUCGGAUGGUACCCAGGCUACCCUCAAACAAGGGAAAGGAGGCAAUUGUAAGAAAUUCUGGCCAGUACUGAAAGUCUUCACAUUGACUGUGCCCAGCUGCAGUCGCUUACCACACGUUAACAGCCACUGCUGUGGUGAUUUUGAAGUUAAGUGAGGAUCACAAGCACUGGUUGUGUGCUCCCAGAACGAAGGGUCCAGUACACAUUACUAGCAGUCAUUUAUCUUCAUGCAGAUGUUGAAAUAAACAAUUGAUGUCUGGCAGUCCCCUUCGUAUUUCAACUAGACAGAAGCGGUUAUUGGAGUUUCAGCAGAGCAAGGUGGUCCAUAUACUCCUCGAGUCGCAGCUCAAUUAUCCAUUUAUGGAUUUUUCUCCUCUUAACUCACCUAACGUUACUGUUAGUCCCGUGCAAAGUAAUGAUUGGAAUUUUGGUAGACAUUUAUAAAAGGCUUUAUACUUCAUUAUAAUUACAUCCCGAAAUUUGAGUUGUGCACCUUUGUUUUUUUAUGAGGCUUAAAACGUAUAGUAUUGAUACACUCCUCGUACAAGUAUCAUGCUGUUACAAGUGCUCAUCGCUUUGUUUACGCCAUCCCCUCUUCUGUUGUUGACUCUUGGACAAAGUCGAACGUGGGACGACCUGUAGGUUUCCCGUCAUGUUUGCCGUCCUUAUCUCACACGAGAGGCCAUGCACACUUUGUCCGACCUGACAUACCGGUACCGUACCCGGCUCUGCAACGCUAGUCUCUACCAGACUCCCGCCUGGCCGAGAAAGGGGCUUUGGCCUAGCAGGAAUUAAUUGGUCAAGGAGUGUUGGCCGGCCUAUACUCCUCUUGCGUGUUUUCUGUCUUAUUUGGCCACUUUUUACUAUAUUUCUUGUCACCUGUGGAGCCUGGUAGAGGCUACUGUAACGCCCCACCAUGGCGGUCACGGCUAGAGAGGGGGGCUUCGACUUCGAGUCGUGGUGCGAACGGAACCAGUUCCACCCCAAGUUGAGGGAGAUGCUCGGGGACUGGGGCUUCACGCAACCGGAGCUCUUACUGUAUCUGUCAGACGAGGAUAAACAGGACUUUCUGACCGAGGGAGUGCCGAGGGCGCACAUACGGAAGUUGGAGCAGGCCAUACUGAAACUUUCCCCCGCCCAUCCACAUGGACUUGAGGACCAAGUCGGACCAACGUCCGCCCUGCAAGGCGAUGGUGGGUCGCCAGGUCCUGACGACCAGGAAACCUACGAAGAUAUGGACACUCCAACAGAUGACAUUCCUCAAUCUCAUUCAACCACAAGUCAAGAAACAGCGCCUACACAGUCAAGCGACAAAGAUGAAGCAGACGAGUACUAUGACGACAUCCCAGAUGAUGUUCCUCCAUCAAGUGCAAGCACGGGUCGCGAAACAGCACAUUCAAAAUCAACCUCAACUGUUCCUCCGCAACAUAACGUUAAUACUUCUUUUUCUGAUGAACCGGAUACUUACCAAGUUUUUGCCCACGAAGAUUCAACAGUAGAGUAUUACGACGAUGUGCCAGACUACGUCCCCAUGUCACCGGCAAACACAAGUCAAGAACUGAAGAGUUCAAGGCCAGCCGCAACCUUGCCACCCCCUGAAAACCUCACAGUAGACGAAAUAGACGAAACAAGCGUCAUCGUAGCAUGGCAGCCUCCGAAAUGCCCCGCACAAGUGGACUACUAUCUAGUAAAACUAUCCCGUCUCACGCCUCCGUCUACGGAAGGCGUGGCCGAAGAGGUUGAUCCGAACGAGAAGCCGUCCGUCACCUAUCAUGACCUGGACCCGGCCGUACAGUACGAGGUCACGAUUGUGGCUAGAUCCGCCAGCCUUGAGAGCGAGCCGGUCUCGGCCACGUUCUACACGGGUGAAACCUACGACGACACAAUUCCAACCUACAUGACCCUGCCUGAGUUCAUGACAGACGCACCCCUGUACCAGGAGAUACAGAUCGACAAAACCGCCGUCCUUGUAGAGGACGAGGUGGACGGGUCUAAGGCGGUACGCUGGCAGUCCACCAUCGCCCCGAAGUGGGACCGACAGCCGCAAGUCGUCCAGAACAACGUCAAGUACACCUUGUCCAAGCAGCAACAGCAUCUCCAGGAGGCCAUGUUCGAGGUCUUGACGACCGAGGAGUCUUACUUGCGCAGUAUGAGCGUCUUGGAAGAACACUUCCUGCAGGCAAUCUUACAGCACAACGCCUUGAUCGGCCACGGCGUCUUCUCUUGUCUCUCCAGAUACACCAGACAGAUCAUGGAGGUCAGCGUGGCAUUUCUUGAGGAUCUUCAGCGGAGGGUCAAGGAGCAAUCUCCGGUCAUCUCUGACAUCUGCGACAUCAUAGAGAAACACGCCCUCAAGAACUUCUUAGACCCUUACAAGACGUACUGCAAGGAGGUCAACGCCCAUUCGCGAGUCGUCAAGAGAGUAAUCGCCCAGAACAAGGAGGUACGUGAGCAGGUGAGCAAGCUGGAAGAGGAUCCGAAGUGCAGCAGACUUCCCAUGACGUCAUUCCUCAUGCUUCCCAUGCAGAGGAUCACCCGGCUGCCCCUCCUCAUUGAGAGGAUUCUCAGCCACAGAGAAGACGAGUCGGAGUGUUUCCAGUCCGCCAUGAAAGCCCUGCAGGACGCGCGGAAGGUCGCGAACAUCAUCAACGAGUCGGUUCGCGACGAGGAGCGGAAUCACGACUUCGAGGAGGUCCUCCGCGAGAAGCUGACCUUCGAUCGGUGCAAACUUCCCUUCCCGCUGAGGAGCAAGUCGCGGUGGGUCGUCAAGCAGGGCGAUCUGACCUGGAUCAGGAGUAAGGAAGCCAAAAUCUCACAGCGCUACAUCAUCGUCUUGACCGACGUACUCUUGAUAGCGAAGAAGCGACAAAGGAGAGUAAGCGGAGUGAUAUACGACGUACUUAACUACUGCAUGCGUAACCGCGUGCAAGCGGAGGAGGUCGAGGACAACAUCUACGACAAAACCGAAGCGGUCACCGCAGAUCCUGAUCAAAAGGCAACAACCCUGUCUAGACGGAAAAGUAGUCUGCUCAAAUUCUUCAAACACCAACAAGUCAUCCAGGAUGAAGGCCACCAGUUCAGCGUGCUGCUGUUGGAGGAUAAGGACGGGCAGGAGUUAGAGAUGGUGUUCUCAGUAGCGACGCCUAGCGAGCGGACCAGGUGGAUAGAGGCGUUCCAGUACAGCACGACGGACGACGAGGGAGGCGCCAUAUACUCAUGGGACUUCCCUCUGACGUCAGUCAAGGUGCGGAGAGACGCCUUGCAGCCGGACGAGCUGGCGUUCGAGGCGGGUGACGUGGUGCGGGUUCUGCGGAAGAUGCCGGACGGGGUGUGGUACGGCGAGACCUCUCACGACGCGCGGCAGGGCUGGUUCCCGUCCAGCUGUGUGGAGGAGAUCAAGGACAGCGACCACUACAGGGCCAAACAGCUCAGGAAGAAGCGCACUUCAUCUACAGACGAUCAGGUCUCCACGAAAGAGCAUCCCAAGUUCGUCGCCCUCUAUGACUUUGAACCUCAGCAAGCGGGAGAACUGGAGAUCAAGGAGGGACAAGAACUGGAAAUUCUGGAUUACGGUGACAAUGUGUGGUACCAGGCCAGGCGAGUGGACACCCUGGAGGUGGGGAGUGUACCGUACAACUACGUCACACCAACGGACAGCCUGCAGAAUCAAGACUGGUAUUUCGGACAUCUCGGCAGAAAGGAGGCAGAGGAACUUCUGCUGGCGGAUGGCAACGAGCAGGGAGCAUUCUUAGUGAGGGAAGCACGCGGGCAAGGGUCACACGUUUACACCGUGUCCGUCAAGGCCAAGACAGAAAGUGAAGACGCAGUGCGACACUUCAAGGUCGACAAGAGUCCAGCGGGUCUGCUGUCUGUCGUACCGGAACAGGAGUUCGGCUCUAUAGAGGAGCUAGUGAAACAUCUCAGAGAAAAGGGCUCAAUCGGAAAAGGCUGCAAGAUCGGACAACCCUGUCCCAAACAGACACAGGAGGGCGGGAAUCCUACCAAAGAAGACAAGGAGAACAACUAAAGCAAAAAGAGAUUAAGUAGCUAGGUUUCAGAAGGAAGGAGCAAGAAACGUAUUCAUGG